UUUAACGGAACUAUUUCUAACACGUAAAUCGAUAAAAAAAAUAUAACUAACGGAAUUUGUUAACGGCAAGAUAACGGCAAGGUUACCGUAUAGAAGCUAAAUGUAUUUUAAGAUUACAGGGUAGAUUUCUCAAAAAGAGUGGGCACAUUGUAGAAAACGGAAAGUUAGAGGGUUAUAAUGUAGAAAAACCAAAAAAAAAAAAAAAAAAAAAAAAAAAAAAAAAAAAAAAAAAAAAAAAAACUUAUGAAGGUUGUUUGGCGCAAAACCCUGGUGUUCAGUUGGAAGCCGCACAACUUGAAAACUUAAACCACAGCAACAACAAUGGCGAAGGGCAAAGAAGUAAGAGGAGGCAAGAACAAACCCUCAAAAUUUGGCAAGAAUAAACCCUCAAAAUUUAGCAAUAAUCGUCCUAAAUCUCUUGCUCCCAAAAAACCCAAAACCAAAAAUCCCAAGAAAAUUAAAAAACAAUUGAAAGAUAAACCCACAAUUGAAAAGGUUGAUAAACCCAUAAAAAAACCUGCUGUUACUUCCCUAAUUCUAUCACCUUCUGAGCGUCGCAGUUUUUUUGUUGAUCAAUUUGAAUCUGCAAAUGGCACCAAACUCUCUUCCCUUGAGUUGGAAUCCAUUAAAGAUACGUACUUUCCAAAGCCGUUGGAGAGAAUUAGUCAAGAUGCUGGCAACUUGGGGGAGCAUAUUAAAGGUGUAUUUGGAUCAUCAUGGAAAGAAGUGCUUUGUGAACCACAACUUGUUGAGGGAAAAGUUGAUCCUGGGAACCCCGCUGUCUUGGUUAUUAGUGCUUCUGCCAUAAAAUCGUUGGAAAUGCUGAGGGGCUUGCGGAUAUUGACUAAAGAAUGCCAAGCUGUGAAGUUAUUCUCGAAGCAUUUGAAAAUUGAUGAGCAGGUAACUCUAUUAAAGAAUCGUGUGAAUAUCGCCAGUGGUACACCAAGCAGGAUAAAGAAAUUGUGUGAAAUGGAGGCCUUAGGGUUAUCACGACUGGAAGUAGUCGUUCUUGAUAUGCAUACUGAUGUUAAAGGCUUUUCAUUGCUUACCCUCCAACAAGUCAGGGAUGAAUUCUGGGAUUUAUAUAAGAGCUAUUUCCACCAGCGACUUCUUCAAGGCAGUCUACGUGUUUGCUUGUAUGGUCCAAUACCAGUCGAAGUUGGUCAGAGUGUGAAAAAGUCUGAAGAUGAAUAAGCCAGCCAUUUUUGAUUUGUUAGUCGAGGGCUAGAUUGUUCUGUAAUUGUUCAUAAUCUUAUAGCUACAAUUUUGGCGUAGUAGAGUUUUUUUUUUUCUCUGGAUUUGCAGGGCCAUGUAAACUGGAUUUGUAACGGGAGUGCAGUGUCAGGUUUGAUCUAUUAGAUUUUUCUUGAGGAAAAGGAAGGAAGAAAUGAUCCAUAGUAAGACACAAAACGCAAUGGUGUAGAUGUAAUUGAUUGUAGGAUUCUAUAUCCUGCAAUUUAUAAACAUGAUGAUAUAAAUUCUUUACUAUGUGAGGUAUAUUUUAUGAGUACUUUUCUUUUCUUUUUCUUUUUCCUGCUUAUGGAGAAAGUUAUUA